AAAAACGUAUCACAGUAACCAGUUGAUGCUCGAAAUUGUAUCAACUGUGUGCAUUAAUAUCGACAGACCACCACAAUAACUCAAACAGCUGUUAACGAUAGACUGCAAGGCUGCAAUCACUUUAUCGACCAAUCGACAGACCACCACAAAUACGUGCUUAAGAAAAACAUCAAGAGUGUUUUUUUUUGGUAAAUAAUUAAAUGCUUUGAUUCAGAACUUGUGUAAUUUAGCUGCAAGCAAAAGGCCGGCGCAAUGGACACAUACUCGGUGGAUAUAGUAUAUCAAGCAAUCAGUGCACUCUUCCAGGGUAACAAUCCCAAAGAGCAGGAGAAGGCCAACAAAUGGCUGCAGGAUUUUCAAAAGUCGAUCUACUCGUGGACGAUUGCCGACGAGCUGCUGCACCAAAAGCGUGAUCUGCAUGCCAAUUACUUUGCCGCCCAGACGAUGCGCAACAAGAUACAAAACUCAUUCAGCGAACUGCCGCCGCACACACACGAAUCUCUGCGAGAUUCACUCAUUACACACAUUGGACAGAUCGACGAGCAGACGGACAAUGUGAUUGUUACCCAACUGAGCUUAGCUGUCGCCGAUUUGGCACUCUUGAUGGCCACGUGGCAGGAGCCCAUCAGUGAUCUGUUGAAGGCUUUGGCCCCACAUCCUGCUGCAAUUUGGCCCCUUCUCGAGGUGCUCAAGGUGCUGCCCGAGGAGAUUGACUCACGCUUCUUGCGCCUAGGCGCCAAUCGCCGUGAGCAGGUGCACAAGCAACUGGACGCCAGUGCCGAAUGUGUGCUCGAGUUCCUGUGUAUGUGUGUGCAGCGCGAGGAUCUCGAUCAGCAACGCAUCUGGAACGCCACACUGCGCACGUACAGCGCCUGGCUGGUCAUCAACGCCUUUCCGCUGUCACACAUCUGCGACAAUGCGCUCUCGCAGCUCGCCUUUCGGCUGCUCAGUCAGCCGGCGGAGACGUCGGGCAAACUGCAUGACAACGCCUCCGAAUGUGUGUGUGCUCUGUUGAGCUGCAUGGGAUCGCGCAGCGGCAGUCCCGAGGUGGAGUCACAGGUUGGACGUGUCUUUGAAGCUGUCUGCCAGUUGGAGGCUGCCUAUCACUUGAGUGUCGCCCACGAGGACACGGAUAAGACGAUCAACUAUUGUGGCAUUUUCACCACGCUCUGCGAUGCCUUCUCUUUUGAUAUACUGGAGCAACAGCACGCGAUGAAGGGUCUGGAUUUGGUGCUCUUGUGUGUCGGGCAUUUCGACUAUGAAGUCGCGGAGAUUACGUUCCAUUUGUGGUACAAGCUCAGCGAGGAUCUGUUUCAACGCUACGACGACAAGCUCACUGCCCGCUUUAGGCCGCACAUUGAGCGGCUGAUCAGCGCCCUUUAUCGGCAUGCGCAAAUGGAGAGCGAUCACGACGGACUCAUCGAGGAGAACAACAAUUUCUACGACUUUCGUCGCAAGGUCUCCGAUCUGCUGAAGGAUGUGGCAUUCAUUGUCGGCUCCAAUGCGUGCUUCAAGCAAAUGUACAUUAUACUCCAAGCGCCCAACACAACAUGGGAGUCCACCGAGGCGGCGCUGUUUGUCAUGCAGAACGUGGCCAAGAACAUAUUGCCGGAGGAGAACGAGGUGAUACCCAAGGUGGUGGAGGCGAUACUCUCAAUGUCUGAACAGACGCACAUUGCGGUGCGCUAUACGUCCAUCAUGCUCAUAGGCGAGCUCUGCGAAUGGAUCGAGAAUCACUCGAAUCUGCUGGAGGCGGUGCUCAACUUUUUGCUCUACGCCCUGCAGCAGAAGAACGGCUUAGCGCCGGCGGCUGCCAUAGCGUUGACAUCGAUCUGCUCGGCGUGCAGACAGAAUAUGAUUUGUCACAUUAGCGGACUCGUGGAGAUUGCCCGCAGCCUGGACAGCUUUCAAAUCAACAACGAUGUGGCCAUCGGUCUCCUCAAGGGCAUUUCGCUGAUAUUAACCAAACUGCCGCGGGAGCAGCUGCAGCCAGCGUUGCGUGAGAUCGUCAGCUUUCAGCUGCAGCCGCUGGCACAGCUCUUGGAGAGCCAAGCGCCGGUGGAGAAGGGCGAGCGCAGUGAUCCCGUCUAUUGGAUUGAUCGCGCCUGCGCCAUCAUACGCCACACAAAUCCCGAUGUGCCCGACAGCGUGGAGCAUCCAACAGUUGCAAUAUUAAACGAUGCCUGGCCACUGAUCUCGCGUGUGCUGGACAAAUACCAGAGCGAUCUGCGCAUCAUGGAGCGCACCUGUCGCCUACUCCGCUACGCAGUGCGCAUGGUCCGCAAGCAGGCGGUGCUCCUGGUGGAGCCAUUGAUCAAGCAGAUUGUGGUGCUCUAUGCGGUGCAGCAUCACAGCUGCUUCUUGUAUGUGGGCUCCAUACUGGUGGAUGAAUUUGCCAAGUCCAACGAGUGCAUUUCGGGUCUGCUCGAGAUGCUGCAGGCGUUCAUUGAGCCCACCUUUGGACUGCUGCAGCUGGAGAAUGGUCUGCGGAAUAAUCCCGAUACUGUGGAUGAUUUCUUUCGACUCGCAUCGCGUUACCUCGACUGUUGUCCGCUGCAGCUGCUGCAGAGCAGCCUCAUCACGCCGAUCUUUCAAUGUGCGCUCAUUGCGUGCUCGCUGGAUCAUCGUGAGGCCAACUCGUCGGUGAUGAAGUUCUUCAUCAAUCUGCUCACCUGGGGACGGAGCAGCAAUCAUCGGCACGCCGAAUGCCGGCCGCUGGUCGUCGAGCUGGCCACUCAGCAUGGCAGUGCGCUGGUCAUGAACCUCAUCCAGGCUUCGGUGUUUCAACUGCACUCGUAUAUGCUCGCCGAUGUGGCCGAGGUGCUCAGCGAACUGAAGCAUGUGGUGGGCAAUGCGCAGAUGGAACCGUUCCUAGCCAAUGCUCUCGACUCGCUGCCCAAGAAGAAUAGCGGUGGCUAUGUCACUGCCACGCAACAGCAGCUGGAGGAGUUCAGCACCACGGUGCUGAGAGCGGACACCACAAAGGCCGUGACCCAAGCACUGAAAACAUUUACGCGUCUCUUUCGCUAAACAACGCUCUGCACACACACACAGACACACACACACACACACAUCGCACACCACGUUGGAGAUUGUACAUUGGAAAUUAUGUAUACGCACCGUCGUCGAAAGCCAUGGCAAGAACACAAAACAAGAAAACAAACGAAAAACUUAUUUAUAUAGCGUACUUAUAGUUGGAUUAUAUAUACAUAUAUUUUUAUUAUGAUUUCGGGAGUGCGGUCAUCGGGAUCCUCACGGCAACGCAUCGUACAAUAAGUUGAAUUAUUUUAAGGCAUUAUUUAAGUUUUGCGAUGACUUAAACUACGAUCUGAUUAAAAUGUUUAAUGUGACUCAA